UAGACAAACUCUGGAUAUCGUUUUCUUCUCCGACGUUAGAUAUUCCCGAGAUGAUAAUGACCAAACCCCUUUACGGUGCCGGCAAUGGUCGGAAAUUGUUCCAUAUAUGUGUUAUUGUAUGCCUGAUGUCAACCGUGGUGCAAGGUGCACGAUCAGUAUCAGCUUUACAAGCUUUGGCUCAACUAAGGACUUUAAAGUACGGUUCCGUCGCGGAAAUUCGAAAGGCGAUUAACGCGGCUGUUCCAGGAAUUACGUACCCAAUGUUCAGUCGCAUUCCCAAAACUACAUUCUCCUGCGACGAUGUUCCUCAGCCAGGGUUUUAUGCUGAUACUGAGACUGACUGUCAAGUGUACCAUCGGUGUGAACAGAGGAAUGAAUACAUGUACUCGUAUUUAUGUCCAAAUCAAACACUCUUCAACCAAAUUCUUCUUGUUUGCGAUUGGUGGUACAAUGUCGACUGCUCCAAAGUCAAAACGUUCUAUUCGUAUUCAAACCCCCGACUACAGCAUUAUACUGGAAAAUUCCUGGAUGAUGAGCCGACCACAGCGUCGAGCAGAUUCGAAGGCGAUACAUACGAUGAUACUACCGAACAGGGCAUCACUGGGAAUGAUUUCCAAGAAGACUUUGUCGCAGAUUUGCGAGAGCUGCAACAGUACAGCAAUCUCUCGGAUGCAAAUAUAACAAGCCCAGAACAAGCCAUACCUGCCGAUGCCAGCAUGAAGUUAAUUGCCCCUCCUUUUGCCGGUAACCAAAGCACAAUGAUCCAUACGGAUGCAAACACCACAGUAACUGAUACGUCCGCUCCAGUAGACGGCAAUGCCACCGUAGAAAUUUUCUCGCUCUGGAACGCAACUUCGGCUCUGUUCAUGAUGCGUCCAAGCAAUAUAUCGACAGUUCCUGACGGCAUAAAAAACGGGAGCGCUGUCGAAAACUCAGAUCUGUUGAACAUUACUCGAACCGAGCUUACCGUCGGCAACGGCACCCGAAUUGGUACCGAGGCCGCCGUGACCAAUGAAACCGUCCGGAUUAUGCAUAACACGGUAUCGAAUUUCUCUGCCGCUACAACAUCGGUGGCACCUUCGCCAACUGUAUCUUUAACAACAUCAACGGUGACCUUACCGACUACGCUAACUCCAUUACCUGUUACCUGGGCUUCAGUAAAAUUUCGUGCGCUACAGCCAUUUCAUGUGCUGAGAAAUUUCAAUGAUAAUAGUCUGUUUCAUUAAUUUUUCAGUAAUAUUUGCAUAAGUAAGUAGCCGCUAAUGGCGUCCAGUUUGGAACGAACUUCCCUGGGCACUGAAUACUACCAGCACGAUUUAUCUCAGCACUUUGGCUAUCGCUACAACCCGUAAUCCGCCAAAAUAAUGUCUAUCAACAUAUCAAUUCUCUAUGGCAGCUAAAGAUCCUUCUUUGGUGAUUUUUGUGCCGCGGCAGCAGGUGCUGAUUAUUGCUCAGCACACACACACACGCGUGGUAUCCUGUUGUUUGGGCAAAAUACAAUGCUCGAAAGGGUAGAUGUGAUUAAUAUGCGAGAUAUGUAUAUGGCCCCGUGUGUAUAACAAAGCCGCGUUUUGCGAUGCUAGCCAGAUGAUAUUUUGGAUGCCAGAACGUAUAGGCGUCUAUUGUUGCGUACAUCUCCCA